CUUUACUAGAUUUCUUAUCUUUUUAAAUUCUAGUCCAUUUUCUUUAGAAAGAUCUUUGACUUGAUAACAGCUGACCAUUCUUUUUCCCCUUGACUUCACUUUCUCUCUUCCACUACAAACACAACCCAUCCCAUCCCACAAAAGCAACAAACAACCCUCUCAUGUCGAAUAAUCAAAUACCUUCAACAAGCCAUAGCAGAGAACAUGAUGAUUAUGAAGAAGGAGAUGAAGAAAUAAGAGAAAUCCAUGCUUUAACCCCACCUCACCCUCCUCAUACAAGACAACCACACAGUCACCAAUCAUCUUUAUUUUCCAUACCUAAUACAGAAGUUGCUUCCACUGAGAAUUUCACAAGUAUAAGUAGAGAAUUCAGUGCUUUGGUUCAAGCAGGGUCAAGUAUUGACCAUAGCAACCUAAGUCCAAUGAUGAGUAAUACUAAUACUAAUACUACUAGAAGUAGCAAUGAAAGAGAAAGCUACUACAACAACAAUAACACUAGAAGCUUUCAAAACUUGUUGAGGAUUAGAGAAGAUGAAUUGAUGGAAGAAACCAACCCUUUGGCAAUUGUGGCUGAUAGUGAUAACAACCUUUUGGAGAUGCUUCCUUCAUCAUCAUCUUCAGGAACCAUCAAUGGUCAUCAGAGUGAAGUUUCAGUUCAGAGGGUGAAGAAAGAAGAGGUUGAAUCCAAGAUAUCAGCAUGGCAGAAUGCUAAAGUUGCUAAGAUUAAUAACAGAUUCAAAAGGGAAGAUGCUGUAAUCAAUGGUUGGGAGAAUGAGCAGGUUCAGAAAGCUAAUUCAUGGAUGAAGAAAGUUGAGAGGAAGCUGGAGGAGAAAAGAGCAAAAGCAUUAGAGAAAAUGCAAAAUGAGGUAGCAAGAGCUCAUAGGAAAGCACAAGAGAGGAGAGCAUCUUCAGAGGCUAAAAGAGGUACCAAAAUAGCCAGGAUUCUUGAGAUUUGCAACCUCAUGAGAGCUGUUGGAAAAGCUCCUUCCAAAAGAUCUUUCUUUUAAUAUUUCAACUAUUUGAAUCACAUUUGUUGACAAAAUAGACCAUGUGAGAGAGCUCCUUUUCCUUUUUAAUUUAUUAUCUUAAAAGGUUAAUGAGGGCUUGCAGUGAGUGCUUAGUAUAAUUAUUAUAAACAAAAAAUAAAUAUGAAGGUGUGUUUUUGAAUGAUGUAUUAUUACAAUGAUGUGUGUGAAUGCUAUAUUAUUUUUUUUGGAUUUUA